GAGAGCAGAGAAAUGGACUGCUAUUUGCGUCGCCUCAAACAGGAGCUGAUGUCCAUGAAGGAGGUGGGUGAUGGCUUACAGGAUCAGAUGAACUGCAUGAUGGGAGCGCUGCAAGAACUGAAGCUCCUGCAGGUGCAGACAGCAUUGGAACAGCUGGAGAUCUCUGGAGGAGGUCCUGCCCCAGGCUGCCUUGAAAACCCCUGGACACAGCCUGAGUGCCCCCAAUGGGAGGGUGGCAGAGGUCCUGCCAGGCCUGUGGCCUGCUCCCCCUCCAGCCAGCCCUCUUUUGGUAGCAGCACGAAGUUUCCAUCCCAUAGGAGUGUCUGUGGGAGGGAUUCAGCCCCCCUGCCUGGCACACAGCUGCUGGAGCACCAAAGCUGUGCCCAUCAGGGGCUGGAGCGGGUGGAACCAGACGACUGGACCUCCACGUUGAUGUCCCGGGGCCGGAAUCGACAGCCUCUGGUGUUAGGGGACAAUGUUUUUGCAGACCUGGUAGGGAACUGGUUAGACUUGCCAGAACUGGAGAAGGGUGGGGAGAAGGAUGAGACUGGUGGGGCAGGCGAGUCCAAAGGAGAGAAAGGCCAGCCUCGGGAGCUGGGCCGCAAGUUUACCCUAACAGCAAACAUCUUUAGGAAGUUCUUGCGUAGCGUGCGUCCAGACCGUGACCGGCUGCUGAAGGAGAAACCAGGUUGGGUGACUCCCGCUGUCUCCGAGCCCCGAGCUGGACGCUCCCAGAAGGUCAAGAAGAGGAGCCAUUCCAAGAGCUCUGGACAUUUCCCCUUCCCAGGAACCGGGGAGCCCAGACAAGGGGAAAAUCCCUCCACGAGUUGCCCCAAGGCCCUGGAACCCUCACGCUCAGGCUUUGAUAUUAACACAGCUGUUUGGGUCUGAAUCCUAGAGACAGAAAGUUGACUGAACCCGAAAGGGCCAGGUCCCAGUGCUGGGCCCCUGGGGAGGAGGGCGGGCAAGCAGUAUGGCUUUCAAAAGCCCAACUCCAAGUUCCUUUUCCCCAGAAAGGAGGAAGGAACCAGAGUUCUUAGUGCAGGGCUGAUGGGAGAGGCUGUGGCAGGGGCUGGCUGGCGGGGAAGGUGAGAGUUCCUGGUAAGAAGUGGGGGAGAGGGAGAGGUGUGUGUGUGUGUGUGU